CCCACGGCGGGUCGAAUUCGUUCAAGGCCCUGUAGCGCGAUCCUGCGCCGAUCAUUGAUUCUUCAUGUCCCAAUUCCUGGUUCUGCGAGUGAGCACGUUGCAUUCGCACGGAAUUGCUUACUCCGAGGAUGGUGACUUUCUGGUUGACAGUUCUCCGCGCCGAAUGACAGACGACGAUGCCAGUUCGUCCAAACUGCAGCCUUUCUUCCCACACUCGCUGGGCCACUUCAAUAAUUUUUCUCAAUUCCGUCGAGUCUACAAAGGAUCACGUUACUUUUUCGCAUCGGUCGAUCCAUUUAGCUACGGAGUACUUGUAUCGUCCAUUCCUUCCUUUUGCGGACAGGCUCGUUCUGAGUUUGGAGGACAGUGGGUGUGGCAACUGGAAAUGAUUUCCUGACGUCCAGCAUAGCCGCGAUCGUCGCCAGAACCGGAACUGCUGGGAGCCAAAACGGUCCACUUGCGAAAUUGGGAAACUGCUAUGCCUCUGAUGGGCCCCCUCCUGGUUCCAAACUUCCCCUGCAUCUGCGACUCGUUCCGCCUGUCCGCAGAGUCAAUCCCAAUCAUGAUCCCUGAAGUGUCGAGUCCCCGGUUGAGGCCGAGGACUGCAGAUCAUCUCUUUGCCUUUGUACUUAAUCCAUUGAUACCCAUAAUCUCGGGAUGGCAGGCCUCCACUCUUUUGUUCUCGUCUCCUCGUCGCUCUUUCACUCGAAUUCUGACGGCUAGAAUGCUGCCUCGUCCAGCAACAUGUCGAUAGAAGACCCGCACGAUGUCUUGAAUACUGUCAAUCUCGUUACACAAUGUCUGUGUAUACCCAUUGUGACCAUCUUUGUGGCCAUGCGGUUUUCGAUCCGCGCGUGGUACAAGCAGUGGGCACCUGUUGAGGAUUGGACCUGUCUGUUCGCCUGGAUGCUGUUUAUGGCAUAUUGCGGAGUUGCGAUAGAGGUUGGCAAUUAUGGCGGCGGAUACCACUACUACGAUCUCUCUGACGAGACCCUCGUCCUCUUCCGAAAGAUGUGUUAUGUCGCGACCGUUUUAUACUGUCCCAUGGCCCUCCUGGUCAAAAUCGCGCUGCUCUCGAUCAUCAUCCGCAUCUUCUCCCCGUACAAGAACAGGAUCCUCUUCAUAUACGUCUUCCUCGGCGCCCUGUGCAUCUACUACAUCAUCGCCGAGAUCGUCAAGAUCCGCAUGUGCGAUCCGGUCCCUGCCUACUGGAAGCAAGAUGAUCCCAAUGCGUCCUGUCUGGACCAGCGAGCUGCGCUGAUUGCCGACUCGGUGAUCAGUGUGGUGUCGGACCUGCUUAUCCUGAUCCUGCCGCUGCCGCUCACCUGGUCGUUGCAGAUGUCGCGGAAUAAGAAGUUGCGCGUCAUCGGGAUGUUGUCUGCUGGAGGAUUAGCUACAGCGUUUAGCAUUUACCGGCUUAUACUCGUGCUUCGGGAUGGCAGCUCGCCGGACAUGACGAUUGUGUUUACUUGCGUGAUCAUGUCCGGAAACGCCGAAGGCGGCGUUGGCCUCAUCUGCGCAUGCCUCCCAUCACUCAACAUCAUCAUCACCAAGAUGCGCAACCACAGUUACAAGUCGAGGUACUACGAGCAACAUGCGUCCAGCGUGCAGCUGAGCCGGGUCCGCGGCAACACGAACAAGGGGAUCUCUCAGAGCGAGCCAGAGAAUAAUGGACUCACUUCGGAUGAAAGCCAUCUCAUUUCGUAUGCGGGGGCCGUGGAGAGGAGUCAUAUGGGGCCGCGGGGUGGGAUUCAUAAGACGGUUGAUGUUGAGCAGACGAUUGAGAUGGUUGACGGGACCGAGUCGGAGCCUCGGCGGUCCAAUUUAUAGGUUAGACUUGGUAGCAGGGACGCAGAAUAAUUACAUGGUGGAUAUUUCAUUGGAGUGCAUUGGAUGACAUUUACCUUGAAGUAAUCACGAUGUAUAAAUGUAUCACUACGGGCGACGUGCGCCAUACUAUCCAAAGGCGGACAACACACCAUACAUAGCCAGUUACCUACAUAGCUUUCACAGAGUCACAAUCAGGAUGUCAUUCGUGUAGACCCUCCCGGUAGGGCGCGGCGCUCCAUCGACAGUCCCAUCAGGCGCAAGCCACAGUGAUCUUGCUGAAGUAGUUACGGACAGGCCGUUCCUGUGCUAUUAGACUUCCCCAUGCAGGGAAAGCGUGUUAGAUAAUUCACUUAUUUACAGUCAAGACUCUGGGCAAUCACUCGAGCUCCGACUGGCUGUGGAGG